AUGUCCAUGUUGUCGUGUCGUGUGUUGUGCCUGUUGGCCAUUGUGCUCUGCUGUGUGGGUGUGGCUCGUGCUGAUGCUUCGGCUGCUUCUCUUCCACAAUAUGUGAUGAAAUAUGUUGAGCAGGCAAAGAAGUUGGCGGAAGAGACCAAAGAACUUAAGGAGAAGUGCGAGAAAGCCACCGAGACUGCUCGAGAGGCCGCGUAUGAAGCUCAACGAUUUGUUGUUUCCACGAGGAAUGAACUCGAAACAAUCGCUGCUGACCCAAAAAAGGUGAUGGAAACGAAGAGUAAAGGUUAUGAACUCAUUGAUAAGGCAAUGAAGGCUGCAGUUGAAGCAGGAGAAUUGGCCAAUAAAACGACAGAUAGUGAAAGGGAAACUGACGACAAUGUCAGCGUUGUUCAGACAUACGCAGAAGAACAUAAGCAUUCAGUACCGAAAGAAAUUAAGGAUGCAGAGGAGGCAGUUAAAGAUGCACAAAACGCGGUUUAUAAUGCUAAAGAUGCUGAGGGAAUGGCGCACACUCAUGCUAAUGAUGUAAAGAAUGUCCUGAAGGAACUCGACGCCGCAGUUGCUGCAGCUGAAAAGAAGGAAAAACAGUUGGAGUCUCAGCAGCAAGGCCAUACAGAAGGAAAUAAGACGGAGGAAACACAAGAAAAACAAAAAGAGAAACAAAAACAGCACUACCGUUCUACUUUUACUAUUAAUAUCCACGGGGAUAAUCUCGAUGCCUUAUUCAAUGGUGGAGCGAAUAACAGUGGUAUGGCAUUAAAUGACGGCAGCAGCAACCCUGCGUCACUGCGUGUUCCACUCCUGCUGCUGCUGCUUUCUGUGCUGGGCUGCAUGGCCGUGUGCUGA